CAGGGAAGGCUUUAAGAGAAGAGGUAGGUGGGGCAGUGAAAUAUAUGCACUGUGCUGAGAAUGUUUGCUGAUCCUAUUUUCUUUCUUUCUUUAUUUCUUUCUUUCUUUUUUGUGAGGAAGAUUAGCCCUGAGCUAACAUCUGUCACCAAUCCUUCUCUUUUUGCUGAGGGAGAUUGGCCCUGGGCUAAUAUCAGUGCCCAUCUUCCUGUGCUUUACAUGGGACACUGCCACAGCAUGGCUUGACAAGGGGUGCGUCAGUACGCCCUCCGGGAUCCCGACCCUGCGAACCCGGGGUCUGGCAGUGGAGUGCAGGAACUUAACCACUAUGCCUCUGGCCUGGCCCCCGGACCCUAUUUUCUAAUUUUUGAAAUUAGAAAAUUCAGGUUACAUAUUUUGUGAAUGUGUUUGUCUAUAAGAUAUUAUGGAAAUCUGAAAAUUAAAUCAUUUAGUUAAACAUUUGUGUAAAUUACUAAAAUUCUAUAAUAUCAGGUCUAUCCUAGAAAAUGCAGGGUAUAUAUUUACCAUAGAGUAGUACAGUAUCAUUUGAACUGUAAGAUUUGUGUGUAUAGACAGAAAAGUAGUGAGUCCAGGGACCUAGUACAAUCUAGGAAUACCAGAUAAUUUUGCUUAAGUGCAAGCAAAUGCAACUUUUACGUAGGAGAGAUGUCAAGUUAAUGAUGCCUCAAGAAGCUGAGCAUUAAGGCUUGGGAAGUCUAUCUGCUGAGCUUCCCUUUUCUAUUCCCUUGCCCUAUUCUUGCAUGCAGUGGUUUGGAGAUGAAGUUCCAGAUGAAAUACAAGGAGAGUUAAGAAAAAUGAGCCCAGUUUGUGUAGCUUCUUCUCUCAUUUGUCCUUUACUCUGUUAGAAAUAAAACUAGAUCCUUUGACAUAUAUGAUAGAAAAUAGAGCCUCCACUAGCUUUUAGAUGAGCAAACAACCACCACUGUCAUCUACUGCCACUUAAUAUCAGUAUGCUGAAUACCAGGAAAAUGCAACAUGGCAGCAGCGAUGGAAACAGAACAGCUGGGUGUUGAGAUCUUCGAAACUGCAGAGUGUGAGGAGAAUAUUGAAUCACAGGAUCGGCCUAAAUUGGAGCCAUUUUAUGUUGAGCGAUAUUCCUGGAGUCAGCUUAAAAAGCUGCUUGCUGAUACCAGAAAAUACCAUGGCUAUAUGAUGGCUAAAGCACCACAUGAUUUUAUGUUUGUGAAAAGGAAUGAUCCAGAUGGGCCUCAUUCGGACAGGAUCUAUUACCUUGCUAUGUCUGGUGAGAACAGAGAAAAUACACUGUUUUAUUCUGAAAUUCCCAAAACCAUCAAUAGAGCAGCAGUCUUAAUGCUCUCUUGGAAGCCUCUUUUGGAUCUUUUUCAGGCAACACUGGACUAUGGAAUGUAUUCUCGAGAAGAAGAACUAUUAAGAGAAAGAAAACGCAUUGGUACAGUUGGAAUUGCUUCUUAUGAUUAUCACCAAGGAAGUGGAACAUUUCUAUUUCAAGCUGGUAGUGGAAUUUAUCACGUAAAAGAUGGAGGACCACAAGGAUUUACUCAACAACCCUUACGGCCCAAUUUAGUGGAGACUAGUUGUCCCAACAUUCGGAUGGAUCCAAAAUUAUGCCCGGCUGAUCCAGACUGGAUUGCUUUUAUACAUAGCAAUGAUAUUUGGAUAUCCAACAUUGUAACCAGAGAAGAAAGGAGGCUCACCUAUGUGCACAAUGAGCUAGCCAACAUGGAAGAGGAUCCCAGAUCAGCUGGAGUUGCUACCUUUGUGCUUCAAGAAGAAUUUGAUAGAUAUUCUGGCUAUUGGUGGUGUCCAGAAGCUGAAACAACUCCUAGUGGCAGCAAGAUUCUUAGAAUUCUUUAUGAAGAAAAUGAUGAAUCUGAGGUGGAAAUUAUUCACGUUACAUCUCCUAUGUUGGAAACAAGGAGGGCAGAUUCAUUCCGUUAUCCUAAAACAGGCACGGCAAAUCCAAAAGUCACUUUUAAGAUGUCGGAAAUAAUGAUUGAUGCUGAAGGAAGGAUAAUAGAUGUCAUAGAUAAAGAACUAAUUCAGCCUUUUGAGAUUCUCUUUGAAGGAGUUGAAUAUAUUGCCAGAGCUGGAUGGACUCCAGAGGGAAAAUAUGCUUGGUCCAUCCUACUAGAUCGCUCCCAAACUCGGCUACAGAUAGUCUUGAUCUCACCUGAAUUAUUUAUCCCAGUAGAAGAUGAUGCCAUGGAAAGACAGAGACUCAUUGAGUCAGUGCCUGACUGUGUGACGCCACUAAUUAUCUAUGAAGAAACAACAGACAUCUGGAUAAACAUCCAUGACAUCUUUCAUGUUUUUCCCCAAAGUCAUGAAGAUGAAAUUGAAUUUAUUUUUGCCUCUGAAUGCAAAACAGGUUUCCGUCAUUUAUAUAAAAUCACAUCCAUUUUAAAGGAGAGCAAAUAUAAACGAUCCAGUGGUGGGCUGCCUGCCCCAAGUGAUUUCAAGUGUCCUGUCAAAGAGGAGAUAGCAAUUACCAGUGGUGAAUGGGAAGUUCUUGGCCGGCAUGGAUCUAAUAUCCAGGUUGAUGAAGUCAGAAAGCUGGUAUAUUUUGAAGGCACUAAGGACUCUCCUUUAGAACAUCACCUGUACGUGGUCAGUUAUGUAAAUCCUGGAGAGGUGACAAGGCUGACCGAUCGUGGCUAUUCCCACUCUUGCUGUAUCAGCCAGCAUUGUGACUUCUUUAUAAGUAAAUAUAGUAACCAGAAGAAUCCACACUGCGUGUCCCUUUACAAGCUGUCAAGUCCUGAAGAUGACCCAACUUGCAAAACAAAGGAAUUUUGGGCCACCAUUUUAGAUUCAGCAGGUCCUCUUCCUGACUAUACCCCUCCUGAAAUUUUCUCUUUUGAAAGUACUACUGGAUUUACAUUAUAUGGGAUGCUGUACAAACCUCAUGAUCUACAACCUGGAAAGAAAUACCCCACUGUGUUGUUCAUAUAUGGUGGUCCUCAGGUGCAGUUGGUGAAUAAUCGAUUUAAAGGAGUCAAGUAUUUCCGCUUGAAUACCCUAGCCUCUCUGGGUUAUGUGGUUGUAGUGAUAGACAACAGGGGAUCCUGUCACCGAGGGCUUAAAUUUGAAGGCGCCUUUAAAUAUAAAAUGGGUCAAAUAGAAAUUGACGAUCAGGUGGAAGGACUCCAAUAUCUAGCUUCUCGAUAUGAUUUCAUUGACUUAGAGCGUGUGGGCAUCCAUGGCUGGUCCUAUGGAGGAUACCUCUCUCUGAUGGCAUUAAUGCAGAGGUCAGAUAUCUUCAGGGUUGCGAUUGCUGGGGCCCCAGUCACUCUGUGGAUCUUCUACGACACAGGCUACACAGAACGUUAUAUGGGUCACCCUGACCAGAAUGAACAGGGCUAUUACUUAGGAUCUGUGGCCAUGCAAGCAGAAAAGUUUCCCUCUGAACCAAAUCGUUUACUGCUCUUACAUGGGUUCUUGGAUGAGAAUGUUCAUUUUGCACACACCAGUAUAUUACUGAGUUUUUUAGUGAGGGCUGGAAAGCCAUAUGAUUUACAGUGUGUAAUCAUGGAAAAGAUGACAGGAGUCCAUUCACUAUCCUCCUUUGCUUUUCUUCUUCCCCAUGGAAGGAUCUAUCCUCAGGAGAGACACAGCAUAAGAGUUCCUGAAUCUGGAGAACAUUAUGAACUGCAUCUUUUGCACUACCUUCAAGAAAACCUUGGAUCACGUAUUGCUGCUCUGAAAGUGAUGUAAUUUUGACCUGUGUAGAACUCUGGUGUACACUGGCUGUUUAACCAAAUGAGGAGGUUUAAUCAAUAGAGAACAUAGAAUUGAUCAUCACAUUUUGGUACCUGCCAUAUAACAUCUACUUCUGAAAGUUUAUUUGGUGCCAUGCAGGCGUCUGCAGCUUGUGGGUAGUAAUCUAAUACCUUAAUCAUACACACAAAAAAUUGAAUGAAACAUAUUUCGGAGGGACCCAGCAAUACCAUGAGAAUUACUGAAAGAAAUAAGACGUAAGCACCAUGUAUCCCUACUACCUUAUUUUCACUUUUAAUAGCAUUAUAAACCUCAUGGACUUAAUUAGUGUAUUUUUACAGUAUACUAUGGAGUUUGUUAAAAUAUGAUGAUAUGAGAUUGGUUUGGUUCAAUUCCAGAAUCUCUGACUAGUUACAGAUUUGAGCACUUAAAUGUAAUUGACUAGCUUAUGCUUCAUUGCUUGGGGUGUAUCCAGCAUGUUAUGAACUAAUCACUAUUAAACGUGUGACUUAACCAGUCAUUAAUGAUUUUUCAAGGAUAACUUAGUGGCCUCCUAAAGAAACUUAUUUUGUUUCAUUCAAGCUCUGACGAGUUUUUAGCCAAUUUAAACUGUAUCGAGCAUAAAUAGUUCUCUUUGAUGAUAAGACAGAGUGGGUUUUUCCUUUCGCCUAAAGGCGAGUAACUGUAUAUGUAGCAUGGAUUUAAUUAGUCUUAUAAUAUUGAUAAUUACAGGCAGAAAAAUUUUAAUCAAAUGAUUAGAGCUUAAAUAUUUGCAGGCAAUUUCUUUUCCUUUAGGAAAAGAAAAAAGUACACAUUCACUUGUAUUCUUCAGAAAAUUUAGUGGUGCCAGUUUCCAUCAGGUACUUCCUUAUUAAAAGUUCCAGAGUUUUAGGGCAAUGGAAGGGAAUUGUGGUGGAGUGGGGGAGACCAGGGUGUGGAGAAUGACAGGGAGAGGAGAAGGCAAGGGUCUGCUUAAGAACUAAGCAGAAGUAUAAUUUGACCAAAAAUAUUCAUGAAAAAAUUUGGAAAGUGAAAUUUAAACUCCUAGAAUGUUAGCUAAGGAGAGCAGAAUUAAGAAAUCACUCCCCUGCCAACACAGUUACAGACUAACAUUCAGGAGAGGAAAAGUUCCUUAGAGUUACUUUUAUAAUUCUAAUUUUUGUUAUUUUUAAUUUUAGAAACCUUAAAAAUUUAUUCUUUAUCCCUUUUAAAUUAUUUGAGCAUAAUUUAGUUAUUGUGAGCUUAAAAUAAAGAGGUUUCCAGACAACCUCUUUACCACAAACUGAUCCCUGGCAAGCCAUGGCUCUGUUUUUCAGUGUUCAAAGCUUAUAAGCAAUUCUUGAAUGGCCGUGACAUUUUCCUGGUUUAGCCCUAGCACUUGACUAGUAAGGGAGCUCAUAGGCUUUCAGGUGCUGAUUGGGAUCUGUCCUUGUAGAGUCUUGAGGUGCUAGAUGGGUCACAUUGGAGCCAGUGGCAGAGAAGGCACCCAUGAGUUUGACUGUUUUUAUCACAAGCCUCAGUGUUUGGAAGGUUGUUACCAGCACUUUUAAUAAACGCUCCAAAAAACAUUGCUCUUUUUCUUUCUCACCACCACACAGAGAGUAGAUUUCUCCCAUAGAGAGCACAGCCUCCAUUAGUAAGGAUGGUGACUGUGCGUCAGAGGUGGACUUUGUCACUGAGGGCCAGAUGGGAAGUGAGGGAAAUCCAGAAAUGGCAGGGUGUCCUGGUGGUUCUGUCCUUGGGAAGGGAAUUGGGUUUUGCUGUUUGUGUAUUUAUACUGUAUAAUAGGUACCACGCUUUUCCUUAUUUUCUGUAUAUGUAUUGAUUUUCUUGUUGAUGAUAUUUUCCCAUGCUGAGAUUUGUUUAUAUUUUUUUCAAUGUUAAAUUAAAUUGAUUUGGAUAACUUUUCUUCCCCAAGAAAGUAUUUUCCCCCGUGACUUACUAUGUAUCUGACUAUUGAAGGUGGUUUUUGUUUGUGAACUAGUUGACCUCCAAGGAUAUAUACUUAUAUAAUAUGCAAAGUAGAAAUGGUAUACAGUAGCUUUUAGACAGCUACUCAUUUGAAACUUUUUACCCAUUAAGGCUGUUUCUUCAAAAUAGCAUUGCUUAUUUUACCAAAACAAACCUUAAAGAACCUCAUGUACUCUUGAAUUCACAGGUUUUUUCCUUUUGCAUCUUGCCUUGUCCUUUCUUCCUAUCACAAGGAAUGCUUCUGUUAUAAUUCCCAGUCCCUUAAAUGCCAUUCUCCUUCUAUAGGGGGGAAAAAUACCUGACUGAAUUCACUUGCAGAAAGACAGCUUGACUAAAUUUGAUUUUUAAAACUGGUGUGGAAAACAUGAUAGUCAAUUCAAGCAAUCAGUAGAAAUCCCACUAAAACUGUUUGUACCCUACCUAUGGGUAACAAUUUAAAAGGCAAGAGUAUAUAAAAGUAGCAACAGUUUUGGUGAGAGCCAAAAAGCACUAGGUUAAACAUCAAACGGGGUUUUUGUGGGCUUGAUAAAUGGGUGCACUUGAGCCACCAUCAACAGGUAUAGUUGCUUGUGCAUUGUUGAGCAGCAGGAUUCAAAAUCUGAGAUUCAUCUGGGAUGCUUACUAAAGAAAUGCAGUCUUGAACCUCACUCUUAGAAAUUUGGGUUCGGUUGAUUUCGGUGGUAACCAGGAAUUUGCAUUUCUAAGAAGCUUUCCAGGUGAUUCUAAAGCAAGUCAUUUGUGGGCUACUUUAAGAAACUCUUCUAUGGAGAAUGGAGUUGGAUUAAGAAAAUAAUAGGUGAUUUUUACACUGGACUGAUUUACAAGAACCUAAAACAAUAGUCAAGACAGCUGCUCAUCUCUAAUAAUUAUUGGCCCCUUCUCACUCUAAAAGAAGCAGAAAGUAUUGUUAACUGUGUAUCCACUUUGUCUGGAGAUUCAUUUUGGAAUGAAGGUUUUUCCCUCUACGCCAUUCCUGGCUCAUCUCCAAAGCCUCAUGCAGAAGGGUGAAGUCACAAUGCAUGCAUUACCUUUUAAAAGAAUGAGAUAUAGAUACUGACACUCACUUUUUUUUUUACUAGUUUUAUUCUUUACAGAAGGUGUAUCCCACCUCUCUGUAACAUCGUUCUCUCUUUAGGUGGAAUGAUUCCUGUAAGAUCUCUUGUUAUUAUAGAAUCAUAAAUUUUUCAAGCUAUUAUAUCUUUGAUAUAAUCUAAUGUUCUCAUUUGUUAGAGGAGGAACCUACAUAUAGAGAGAGGAGAAAAUAUACCCAUGGCCACACAGCCAGUUAGUGUUCAGUUGGUACUAGACUCCAUCCAGAUGUCUUGACUCAUGGUAGUUAAAUGAUAUGUAGAAAAGGCAAAUUUUUAAAGAAGUAUUUAUUAAUAUAUUCCUAUGAAACAUUUUAAAGAUAACAUAAAAUGGUUAAUUUUUCCAUUCUAAAGUAAAUGCUAAGCAUGCUUAUUAAUGAAGCAGUACUUCUAAUUAGUAUAUGACAUUCUCGAGUUAAUUAAAAUUGUUACACUAAAUGUGUCUUCCUUGGUACAGUGGGGGAUUUGGGGAUUGGGAUAUAGAGUAGAGUGCUUGCUUAAGCCUGAGAGCCCAAUUUAUAGCUAUUUGAAGUAAGAAAAGAGACAUGGCCAUAUCUAAACUAAGAUAUGUAAGGUGAGUGUCCAUUCUGAGCAGACAUAAAGGAAUAAGGUAACUUCCCUGAUUCCCACCUUCUCAACCCCACCCAGCCUCACCUAUCCAUCUUGCAGCCUAAAAUAUGGAGACAUGUUAGUGCAAGGUGCUGGCUCCUGCUUUUAUUACUUUGUCAAGAGACAGCUGUAGGUAAUCAUUUCAGAAGUCCCUUACAGAGAGAGAAAAAGUAGUGUUUGUUUGUAUGUUUGUUUUUAAAUAACCCAAAUACAAAUUUAUGUUGUAUUCAGCACAAUUGGAGUUCAGGUCUUUAAUUUUAGAACAUAAAGUGCCUGCUGUUUUAAGCAUUGACUUGUAUAAAAAGAAUUGCAUGUCUCACUCCAGUAAGUUUAUGGGUUUUCUCAUUUUCAGCUACAUGGCUUUUAAUCAUGUAAAGUGAAAUAUUAGUUUUGUUGCGUUUUACUAUAGGUUCUUUGUUGCAAUAAAGAUGCUGCUAAAAUUA